CGCCGUGCGGGCAGGCCUGCUGAACCGCUGGCGAACGCUCGUCAGUCGGUUUGAGAAGGGCAAAGAGCUCACAUCCGUUUUCGAGUUUCAAAGUGCAGCCAAAAAUAUCAACAGUGGAAAUGAUUUGUGACAAACGAAAGACAAGCUCGGGGGUGAAGAAUGGCCUCGACAGUGAUGACAAAGAGGACGGUGAUGUGACAAGUGAAGGUCUCCGAGGGCCGAAAUUAUCUCGAUUGAACGACGACGCUCCAGUCGAAUCAGGGGAUCGGAACUUGGAGACAGAAUUCAACACCCUGAAAACUCUCAUUCCGGGAUUGUCAGAACGAACCAAUCUAGAAGAGCUGGACAUUAUCGAUGCCUGCGUUCUCUACAUUCAAGCUUUGAGGAAUCAGUUGUGUCCACGCUCCAGGAACAACAGCUGUCGAUCAUUGGAUCCGACGAAGGUUUUGCCUUCGUCAAGUGGUACCAGCAGUGCUUCAGAGGGUUUCGAAUUAGUACAAGAACAAGAACAUCCUGUGGAGGAUCCCGUUUCUUUAGACAUUGCUCCCAGCGACAAAGAACCCGAGGAAUUGUCAGACUCCAAUGAGAUCGAUGAAGAAGAUAAAGAGAAUGCAGACAGACCAACAAGUGACUUGUAAUUGUGUACGAGUGUGUGAAUCCAAACAAAUCCAAUAUCAAUCAAUGCAACUGUGAUACUAACCAAUUCAUGAUUCCAACCAACCCUCUUUGUUGACCCAUUCCGAGUUUAUAUCUUAGUGUUAUGGAUACAAUAGAUCUGAAUAUACGCCCAACCAGCCUCGAACAAUAAGUGCUUAUUUCUUGGA